AUGACGGCAAGGCAGCCACCGCUCCAGGACAGGCCGCUGCCCACCGGGCGGCCCCCCCCCCCCCCCCCCCGCCUGUCCCGACAGAGCAUAUCGGGCUCGGACUGGCUGAACACGGUGGCUGCAGGAGACAUCACUGGCGAGCUGGUGGCUGCGGGGCUGCCCGACCUGGCCGUCAACCCCCUCAACGUCAAGCGCUCCUCGGACCGCAGAUUUAAAACGGUGUAUGGGGCCAACGUCAUCGUGUUUGAAGGGAUACUGGCUUUUGCCAACAAGGAGUUGCUGAAGGUAUCGCUGCCUGAUGCGGCUGGUGGCCCGUCCUGGUGCGUGGCGCGGGAGGGGGCACGCGGUAGUGUGCAGCGGUGGGCGGGGCGUGACAUCGUGGGUGUCAUCAAGCAAUACAACAAAUUUGUGAAGCCGGCCUUCGAGCAGUACAUCGAGCCCACCGUGCAGGUCGCCGACAUCGUGGUGCCCAGGGGUGGGGAGAACUUUGUGGCCCUGGACCUCAUCGUGCAGCACGUGCACAGCCAGCUGGAGAAGCGCGAGAUCACGGUCAGGGCAGCUCUGGCCUCUGCCCACCAAGGGCAGCCCCUGCCGAAGACGCUGAGCGUCCUGGAGAACACGCCGCAGGUGCGAGGCAUGCACACCAUCAUCAGGAACAAGGACACGACCAGGGAUGAAUUCAUCUUCUACUCCAAGCGCCUGAUGAGGCUGCUGAUUGAGCACGCCCUCUCCUUCCUGCCACUGAAGUCGGUCACUGUGGAGACGCCCCAGGGGACAAUGUAUGAAGGAAAGCGGUUCCACAGGGAGAGGGUGACUGGGGCUGCUCCCCCCCGCCGCGGUGAGACCAUGGAGCAGGCGCUCACCGCCGUGUGCAAGGACAUCCGUCUGGGCAAGAUCCUGAUCCAGACCAACCACGACACGGGGGAGCCCGAGCUCCACUACCUGCGCCUUCCCAAGGAGAUCAGCGAGGACUACGUCAUCCUCAUGGACAGCACCGUGUCGAUCACAGACAUGUCCAAAGUGUCGAUGAGCAGCCGCCCGGAGCCCGGCUAUGAGAACAUGGACCACUUCUCCAUCAAUGUGGACUAUGUGGCGGAGAUGCUGAGGACCAUCGAGUUCCAGACAGAGCCACUGGGCGAGGAUGAAGCUGAUGGACCUGGGGACAGCAGCGAGGCCGCGGUGGAUGAGGACCGGCUGGACAGCCUGGAGGUGCCUGACGCCACGGAGG